AUGCUAAUCUUCUCUGUAUAUUUUCAUUUGACCAUAUGCCCCGAAGGGCGAGAGGAUAUUCUUAAAUUGGGGGCAGAAUUGUACCGCCUACUGGUUUGGACUGGCAUGUGGGCGGUCAUGUACAUACAUGACUUUGCCGGGGUCAGCAAGUUGUUUGGGUUGUGUACUGCUGAUUGUCUGCUUGUUAUGCGGUAUCUGGCAUGGCAAUUGGCAGGACUUAUUUCGGUGCCGAGAACAGGAAAUUGUUCUCACAACUUCAUGAUGUUGGGGCUAGUGAUUAGGGACGUGACCACUUGUUUGCUUGUUGUGUUGUCCGGAGGGAUGCCUAGCAUAGUAUUCUUCUAA